AUGCCACCCCCCCUCCCCUCCCACCACCGCGGCAUGACCGCAAACCCAGUCCGCCCUGGCCGCUACCGACCCGGAAAAGCCGUCGCCGAGGAGCCGUCCUCCGAAGAGGAAGAAGACGACGACGAGGCCGAAGCAGAGGCAGAGAAGGCGCGGAUAGAGGAGCGGCGCAGACAGGAGCGGUUGCGCAGGGAACAAGCGAAGGCGCCGCCGCCGAAGGCGAGUUCGUUUCCGGCGGGCGCGGUGACGAAGGGGGUGAAGAAUGUGAAGAUUCAAGAGGAAGAUGAUGAGGAGGGGUUUGUGACGGAGGAGGAGGAGGAAGAGGAAGAGGAGGAGGGGGGGAAAGUGGCACCUCGUGUUGCGGGCGACAAUGUGGGUGAUGCUUCUGCUCCUUCUGCUGCUGCUGCUCCUGUGGACAAGGUCCCAGCGAGGAAAGAGGAAAGUUCAGAGGAAGGGUCUGAAGAGGAGGAGGAGGAAAGUUCAGAAGAAGAGAGCAGUUCCGAAGACGAGGCCCCCCGACGGGUUCUCCUACGACCUACAUUCAUCAAAAAAGACAAUCGCAAACCAGCAGCCCCAGCACAAGACGGCCAAGGACCAGCACCGACAUCCGAAGCCCCCGUCGAUUCCGGCGCCGACAGCGAGGCGCGGAAGGCCCAACGACAAGAAAAAGCAGACAUGUUGAUUCGCGACCAGCUGGAGAAAGACGCCGUGGCGCGCAGCACGGCCAACCGGGCCUGGGACGACGACGACGAGCUCGAGUUCGCCGAAGAAGGCGCCAUCGACGAUAAAGACGGGGUGGACCCGGAGGCGGAGUACGCGGCGUGGAAGCUGCGCGAACUGAAGCGCAUCAAGCGCGAGCGCGAGGCGAUUGAGGCAUCGGAGAAGGAACGCGAGGAGAUCGAGCGCCGUCGCAACCUGACAGCGGAGGAGCGCGAGCGCGAAGACAACGAAUUCAUCGCGCGGCAGAAGGAAGACAAGGAGGCGAAUCGCGGCCAGACCGGGUUCAUGCAGCGCUACUUCCACAAGGGAGCCUUCUUUCGCGACGACCUGGAGCGUGAAGGACUGGACCAGCGAAACGUCAUGGGUGCGCGGUUCGUGGACGACGUCUCGCGCGAGACGCUGCCUCAGUACAUGCAGAUUCGGGACAUGACGAAACUCGGCAAGAAGGGCCGCACGCGGUACAGGGAUCUGAAGUCCGAGGAUACGGGUCGCUUUGGGGAAGGGUUCAACAAUCGGCGUCGCUUCGAGGGUGCGCCGGAAGGCAUCACGGACGAACGGUUCAUGCCUGAUCGCCGAGAUGACCGUCCCAAAGGCCCUACGGGGGCUAACGCGGGUCCCGUCCGCGAGAGACGCAGGUCGAGGUCUCGAUCCCCUCGACGAGAUCGCAGAGACCGCUCGGGCGAUCGAUAUCGGCCUGAUGAUAGCCAGCGGCGGAAACGAAGCCCUUCGCCCUAUGAUGACCGCGACAAACGAAGACGAGUGGGAAGUGAUUCCUAA